AUGAAUGUGGAAGAGGCUGGUGGUGAUGAGUUUCAGGAGGAACAUUUGCCUGAAGGAGGACAAGGAUUUGACUUGAGCACGAAUGAUAUUUUGAACCAAGUUUGGGAAAGUGUGGAAGAUGCAUAUAAGUUUUACCGAAGGUAUGGAAGAGUCAAUGGGUUUAGGGUACGGAAAGGGGACUCAGAGACACGGACUGGUUGCAAAGUAAUGCUAUCAAUAUAUUUGGAGAAAAGUGAGCAGAAGUGGAAGGAUAGGAAGGUAGUACUGGAGCAUAACCAUGACCUAGCACCUGUUGGGAUGUCCCACCUGAUUCAGAAUCAUCGUAAAAUGACGGAUGCGGCAAAGGCUCACAUUGAUGGGAUGCAUGCGUAUGGAAUUGGGACGUCAAAAAUCUUGGGCCACAUGGCUGCUGAUGGUGAUGCGACUGCAACGUUGAUUUACCUUGAAGGAAAGGCUGCUGCUGACCCUAUGUAUGUUGCAUGCUACAACCACACAAAAGAUGAAAGGCUUGGUAACAUGGUUUGGGCUGAUGGGAAUAGCCGGUCUGAUUUUCAGUGUUUUGGGGAUGUGUGGAUGUUACAAAAUUUGUUGGAGGUUAUGUGCCAGAAGAAACCUUGUGUAGCUGUUACCGAUGGGGACAAAGCAAUGAUAAAAGCUGUGAAGUCGGUUUUACCGGAGGCAACACAUCGUUUGUGUGCAUGGCAUGUGGAAAAGAACGUGACAUCAAAUGAGAAAGACGAACGCCUCCGUAGUUUGUUCAAGCAUUGGUUGUACGUGGACAUGGAGGUUCAUGAAUUCAAAGAGGAUUGCGCUCAAGCAAUUGAGGAGUAUGGGCUGCAUAAUAGUAGCUGGGCAAGGCAUAUGCAUAAAAAGCGAAAGCUAUGGGCGAACGGGUAUUUGCGUGACAAGUUCUAUGCCGGAUUCCAGACUAUGACACGAUGUGAGGGAAUAAUUGCUAUGGUUAACAAGUUUUCGAAGUCAAGCCAUACCAUCUUUAAGUUAGUGCAAAAUCUGGAGCUAGUCCUCCGUGAAUAUCGGAACAAGGAGAUGUUGUUGUAG